AUGGGUAAAACAUUUAGAGAUUCUGGUGUCAAGAAGGCAGAAGGUCGUGCAAAGAAGAAUGAACAAGCUGCUCAGAAGGAGCAAGCUGCAUUGGAAAAACAGGAAGCAGAGGAAGCUGCCAAGUGGGACCAAGGUUCUCGUAAGCCACAUCAGAAGAGAUUAGAAGAAGAAGAAAAGAAACAGGCUAAGUUGAAGGCCAAGAAGGAUCGUGAAGAAAUGGAAGCUGCCGAGCUGGAAUCAAUUAAAAAGGAAAGCCAGUCAAAGAGAACCAGUUGA